ACUUGCAAUCAUCAUAAUACAUAGAUCACCAACAAUUUGUAAAACAAUGGCUCAACUUGGAGUUAUUAAUUUGUGUAUACUGAAAAUGUACUCAGAGGAUGAAUUAAUUGAGGAUAUUUCAAUUCCACAACAGAAAAAAGAAAUAAUAAAUUUUGAUAAUUUAUAUGUGCCAUACAUGGAACAAUUGACAACAUUUUUAUGGGGAAUUUUGAUGGGAUUACGACAGAUUCCAAAAGAUGAACUACGUGCAAUAAAUUCCCCAGGAAUAUCUCAGAUGUGGUGCCUUCGAUACAUUCUUCGCAAAACAGUAUUAAAGGGGAAUAAUCAAUCCACUCGAAACGAUAUAAUGGGUUUAAUAUUACUAAUAAUAUCAAUAUUUCAUUUUACUCCUAUAGUUGAAGCCGGAUUAGCUGAAGAUAUUGUUUUGUUAUCGAUGAUAACAGAGAUGCGAGAAAAAAUUACAUGGUUGAAUGAUCUUAAAUUUGAAGCGAGUAACGAUGAUUUAAAAUUCAAACAAAUGGCUAUUUUGAUUACAUGUUACUGUUUAAAAGAUGCUGCUCAAAUACAGGUACUUCAACACUUUCAAGUGUUAACAAUGUAUUUAAAGAUUGUAAAUUCAAAAUUUGAGCCUAUUGGUGUUCCAUGGAGUAAAUGUCAACAAAAACUAUUGUUAUUGACAGUGCUGCGUGCAUUUACCAUACUUGUACCAGUUUGUUUGGAUGAAUUUAUCAAGAAUAAUGGAUUUCAUCAAAUUUCAUUUUUAGUGGAAGAAUUCACAUUUUGUCCAUACGAUAUUGACAUAUUAUAUUCAGUCUGUAAAACACUAAAUGUAAUUGUCAAAACAAAAGAUAGAAAUUUAUUAGAACAUUUACGAAGUUUACGUUCUAGUAACACUUUUAUUUAUAUUCAAUCGUAUCCAAUAAAUAGAUCACUUCAAUUAACACUAGCUGUUCUUGAUCGUUUUCUAACACCGAGUAUGCAUGAUUCACCUAUUUCAAAUAAAUUAAUAAUGUGCUUGGGUGGCUUCAUAUGGGAGGCAAUUGCAUGGACUCCGGCACAUUUAAAACAAUUCAUUAAUGCUGGUGGUGUUUUUUACAUAUUGGACGUUAUUGAGAAAGGAAUAUUUCCCGUCAAAAUGGUGUACAUAGGUAUUUUAGUUGACAUUUUGGAUGAAGGGUCGUGUAUAACACAAUUAAUUACUUGGCGUGGUGGAAAUGAUAAACGUACACUACUAAUACCUAUGUUACUAUCAACAUAUCGAUAUGAAGAGAAACGAAUACGUGUACAAAGGCAAAAAGAUGGUUGCGUAUUUGACGGAAGCUUCCCAAUAAUGGGUGAAGAACAGUGGUUUGAAACAUUUUUUAUGAAGAAUGAUACAAAAUCUAGUCCAGCAAUAAUAGACCUAUUAAUUAGUGCACGACCUAAAAUUUAUGCAAUUAUACAUAUGUUGCGUGAAAGAUAUGCAGAAAUGGUAAAAAUUGCGAACGAGCAUUAUAAAACAUUCAAGGAAAAUUUGUCAUAUAGUGAUCAGAUAACAAUGGUAAUUGCUGGAAAUUUUUUUGCUUUAAAAUUAAGCGAAAUAUGGGAAGAAGUUCGCCGUGAUUUACAAGUGGCUGGCAUAAAACCAUUGGCAAUUGAUUUUAAUAAUUUAACCACAUUAAUAGUCAGACAUCGAAAAUGGAUGAAUCAUUUAGUUGAAACUCAAAAAUCGAUUUUAAAUGAGUACAAUAAAAUCGAGACCAAAGAAUUCAACGACUUAUGGCAAUUACUUAGAGAAAAUACAUUACAAAAUUCAUUAGAAGGAUUAAAAGAAAUGGAUUUUCAACUUCGUACAAGUGACAUACGAUUCCGUAAAAAUCGUAAACAUGCUCGAAUAGAACAAAUAAAUCAAAUUGAUCAAUCAGUAACUGAUAAAGUAAAUACAACUUUGCCUAGAAACAUAGAUGUUCAAUCUGUUUACAAUUUACGAGUACAAUUAUGA